AUGCAUUGGCUCCAUUUAUCCCGUGCCAUUACAAGUCUACGUCGUCGUCCAUCUCCUUCCCUCCAUCUCACGUCCACGACGUCCUUUCUUUUUCGAAAUCAUAGUGCUGCUGCUGUUGUGUCCGAUCCAAAUGUCCCACCACCUUUUGUCCCGGGGUUUCCUGUUCCAAAUGGCUACAUGAAAAACCUUCGGAACAUUGGGAUUUCUGCUCAUAUUGACUCUGGCAAAACCACGUUAACUGAACGAAUUCUCUUUUAUACGGGACGGAUUCAUACAAUUCAUGAUGUACGUGGGAAAGACGGCGUCGGUGCGAAAAUGGAUUCCAUGGACUUGGAACGGGAAAAAGGCAUUACGAUUCAAUCGGCAGCAACUUAUUGUUCCUGGAAAGAGUCAAAUAUUAAUAUUAUUGAUACACCGGGUCAUGUGGAUUUUACAAUUGAAGUUGAACGAGCCCUUCGUGUUUUAGAUGGUGGGGUCCUUGUUCUUUGUGGUGUCUCUGGCGUACAGAGUCAAUCCCUUACGGUGGAUAAACAGAUGAAACGAUACGGUGUUCCACGUAUUGCAUUUAUCAAUAAACUUGAUCGAAUGGGUGCAAACCCUUGGAAAGUUAUUGAAGAUUUACGGACGCAACUUAAACUCAAUGCGUGGGCUUUACAAGUUCCAAUUGGUACUGAAAACAACUUGGAAGGUGUCGUGGACCUUUUGACUAUGAAGGCUUUACGUAACAAGGGCGAGAGUGGGGAAGUGAUUGAAGAGAGUGACGAGAUACCGGCUGAUGUCCGUCUACUAGCGGAGAAAAAACGGUUGGAACUCAUUGAAGCACUUGCAGAUGUCGAUGAUGACAUUGCAGAGAUAUUUUUGAUGGAAGAAGAGCCGAGUAUUGAGCAACUAAAGGAUGCCAUUCGUCGUGCUACGAUUGCGCACAAGUUUGUACCGGCAAUGAUGGGCUCAGCAUUCAAGAAUCGUGGUGUGCAGCCAAUGUUGGACGGCGUCGUUUCGUAUUUGCCGAGCCCGUCGGAGAUUGAGAAUUUUGCUCUCGACCAGGCAAACAGUGAGGCUCGUGUGAGUGUACCGUGCUCUCCAGAGGCACCAUUACUAGCGCUGGCUUUCAAGCUCGAGGAGGGCAAGUUUGGUCAGCUUACAUACAUGCGCGUGUACUCUGGUACGCUCAAACGUGGCGGCUUCAUUUACAACAUGAGCGACAUGAAGCGUAUUAAGGUGCCGCGUCUGGUAAAGAUGCACUCGAAUGAGAUGGAAGAGGUGGAGGAGGUUGGUGCUGGUGAUGUCGUUGCCAUGUUUGGUGUUGAAUGUGCCAGUAUGGACACGUUCAGUGACACAAACCAGGGCAAGUUUACAAUGACGAGUCUGCACGUGCCCGAGCCGGUUAUGUCUUUGGCCGUCACGCCCAAAAACAAGCAGCAGGUUGGCAACUUUUCCAAAGCGCUUAAUCGUUUUCAAAAAGAGGAUCCGACAUUUCGCGUGCGUGUGGAUGAUGACAGCAAGGAAACGAUCAUCAGUGGUAUGGGUGAGCUUCAUUUGCAGAUCUACGUCGAGCGUAUGAAGCGUGAAUACAGCGUGGACGUGGAGACUGGUGCGCCGCAGGUAAACUACCGCGAGACGAUUCGUCAGCGCAGUGAGUUCAACUACCUUCACAAGAAGCAGAGUGGCGGUUCUGGACAAUACGCCCGUGUGGUGGGAUACGUUGAACCACUCACAGACGAAGAGGUGGAAGAGCUUGUCAACGAGGGUAACACUUCGGGUGUCGUGUUCAAGAACGCAAUUGUCGGUAACGCUAUUCCGCCCGAGUACAUUGCGGCGUGUGCAAAGGGUGUGAACGAUGCUGUCCAGAAGGGUUGGCUUAUCGGCCACCCCGUACAACGGAUGCGUGUAGUGGUGAAUGAUGGCCAGUCACACUCGGUGGAUUCGAGCGAGCUUGCUUUCCGCACGGCCAUGGUGCUGGCUAUUCGUCAGGCGUUUUUGAAAGCUGAGCCGUGUAUUCUUGAGCCCGUAAUGGCUGUGGAAGUGGAAGUACCUAAUGAGUUCCAAGGUACGGCUAUUGCCGAAGUGAACCGUCGUCGUGGUCUUAUCAACAGCAGUGAUGCCGAUGACAUGCAGACGGUUGUCAAGUGCGACGUGCCGUUGCAAAAUAUGUUUGGUUUCUCGACCGACUUGCGAUCAUCUACACAAGGCAAGGGCGAGUUUACAAUGGAGUACAAGACUCAUGGUAUUGUCAUGCGUGAUAUGCAAGAGAAGCUAAUGAACGAGUACGAGAAAGCACAAGCUGCCAAGAACAAGUAG